AUGGCCUCAGCCUUAAGGGAGGCGCUGAGAACCCUAGGCUACGCCAACCCUUACCACGGGUAUUCCUGUUUAGAGAAUCCAGAUGACUGUGUACACUGGUAUUUGGCUUUGUCCGCCAAAUAUGAUGGCAUUGGAAAGCCAUUUGGACGAAAGGAAUUUGACACGAUCAUAGGCGAGUGCCAGGCGCUCUGUGGUGACUUUCCCGUGGCUUGCUUUGGUCCCGAACUGAUCAAAGCAUAUCCAGAAGCGAAGGUGAUUCUUACCUAUAGGGAUGUCGAGGAGUGGCAUCAGCAGGACUGUACAUUAUUUGGUCAGCAGUCGGCUCUGGGCGGCGGGAGCCAGAGUCGCAAGAGCACUUGGGAUGCAGUCUGCCUGGGUUCGACCGACGUGGCUCAAGAUAUGGGAAGGCUUUUUUGA